AUUGUUGUGGCAGGGGGUAAUUGAGAAAGAUUUGAGGGGAUUUUUGGAUAGGGGUAUUGUUUUGUGAAGGUGUGCGAUUGCUUUAGAUGGGGGAUGGGCUUGCGAAACUUUAACCACUUCAAUGACUUGCUGCCGAGAGUUUGAUUUAUAUUGCAUCAAUGCGUCCAUCUAUAUUUUCCAACUUUUUGGCCAUGCAUAACAUCGCUCACAAUGUUAGCUCGCGUUUCUGGACUGUUUGAGGAUUUGUACUGGAGGAGGGCAUUAAUGUGCAUUGCUUUCAGACGUCAAGUGGUUAAUGGUGUCUUGUCUCGCGGAUCAGUCUGACUCGCCCCCCGGUUGCUGCAAUUGUCCCGGGAUGACCUGUUGAUGUCGGGAAAAGAUGGAGCCGAGCCCCCCUUUCUCCUCCUCCAAAAUGGAGUAGAAUUUAACCACAGAAUAUUUUAUGUGAAAUCCAAUGAUUGCGCCGCGUGUAUACAAAUAUGACUACUACUUAAUUUGCAUGCGAUUCGCAAGUAUGCGGUGGGAGAAUGAUAAUAAUAACGCAUGCAUAUGGAUGUUGCUGGGCGAAUCAAAACGUUUUAGGUAUAGAUAUCAUGGUAUGUGCAGAGCUGUAACUCAGCCCGACAUUGCAUAGCAUUGCACUGGCACCGAGGGGGCGAGGGAAACGGAUGUGGGCUUCUCAAUAAUUCAUCUAUCAGACUAUUUUGGUGACAGGAUUUUUGAAGGCUGAGCAGCUUUUAGCUCUUUGGUCGCCGCAUCAAGUGUGGAAACCAGGCAAUUGGGGAAUUAUUUCUUAUUUUGUUUUUUGCCCCCCCUGGGGCCCGUGCCAACCCGGAGCUCGUGUCCAGCUGGGCAGCGGUGCGGGGCACACACACUCACCGGGUACCGCAGCCCUGCCGCGGCCGCCACAUCACUGAAACACCGGCGCCCGACUCUCAACAACUCUGUAGUGCUGGGCUUUACGAUAUGGCUCAGAUGCUGCAGAUGGCGAUUCCCAACUUUGGCAACAAUGUCUUGGAGUGUCUUAAUGAGCAGAGACUUCAGGGACUGUACUGUGAUGUGUCAGUGGUGGUGAAGGGUCACACAUUUAAAGCCCACCGGGCAGUGCUGGCUGCCAGCAGCUCCUACUUUCGAGAUUUGUUCAACUCUGGAAGUAAGAGCUCUGUCGUGGAGUUACCUCCAGCAGUCCAGCCUCAGAGCUUCCAGCAGAUCCUUUCCUUCUGUUACACCGGCCGACUUUGCAUGAAUUUGGGUGAUCAGUUUCUAUUAAUGUACACAGCAGGAUUCCUACAGAUUCAGCAGAUUAUGGAAAAAGGCACAGAGUUCUUCCUAAAGGUCAGCUCACCAAGUUGUGACUCACAGGGACUUCACACAGAAGAAACACCACCCUCAGAACCCCAGAGCCCUGUUACUCAAACUGGAAGCGGUACUGUAGGAGGGGGUGCGGUCCCUACGGCAACUGCUCGACCUGCUUCCUGCCUAACACCCCUUCCAUUAGUGUCAAGGGUGAAGACAGAGCAGCAGCCUCAGGCCCAGCAGCCCCAACAAGAAGCAUCAUCAUAUUCAGUGGUUUGCACUCCAGUUGCUAAGCGUCUUUGGGAGGGAGGUAACCGUGAAGGAGGUGGAGGAUCGGGAGGAGGGGGAGGUAUGAGGAAAGCAGCCCGCUAUUCGCAGGAGGUGGCACGGGGAACGGGAGGGGCACCGCCUCAAAGUGCAGCCUUAUUGGGUGGAAGUGGUACCGCUAAUAGCAACAACAAUAACAACAACAGCAGUAGCACACCGGAAGGCACCAGCCCAGGUACACCCAGCAUGUACACCAGUGAUUCGCCGAUCUCUUACCAUGACGAUGAUGAAGAAGAGGAAAUCACAGACGAAACCACAGAAGAACAGUACAGACAAAUCUGUAAUAUGUACACUAUGUACAGCAUGUUGAAUGUAGGGGCAACGGCCAGCGAACGAGUGGAAUCACUACCAGACCACCUCACAGUUGAAUCAAGGGGAAGAGGAGUUCGAGUGAGGCAAGAUCUGGCCUCUCUUCCCACUGAGCUCAUUGCACAGAUCGGAAACCGCUGUCAUUCUAAACUCUAUGAAGAAGGUGACCCUGCUGAGAAACUGGAGCUAGUAACAGGCACCAGUGUUUUUAUUUCACGUGCUCAGCUGAUGAACUGCCACGUUAGUGCGGGCACACGCCACAAAGUGUUGCUCAGGCGGCUCCUUGCUGCCUUUUUUGACCGAAGCACUCUUGCAAACAGCUGUGGGACAGGCAUUCGGUCCUCCACAAAUGACCCCAACCGCAAGCCACUCGACAGUCGGGUUCUCCAUGCUGUUAAGUUUUACUGCCAGAACUUUGCUCCUAGUUUCAAAGAGAGCGAAAUGAACGCGAUCGCUGCAGACAUGUGCACUAAUGCACGGCGCGUGGUACGCAAGAGCUGGAUUCCGAAACUGAAGCUUCUGAUGGCAGAAAGUGACGCUUAUGCCAACUUUCUUCCGGACGCUGCCAAAAUGGAGUCUGAUGGCUUGGCUGUGGAGCAUGCUUUUGAAACAGGAUCCCUAGAGGGUGGUACAGCCUCUGAAUCUGGCCAGUCAUCUACAGAUGCCCUGCAAGGUGUGAGCGGGGACGGUAACAGCUUGUUUUAGUGAGUAACAGUACCGUGCUUCAGCUAUUUUUUCCUCUUCCACUCCUCCAUCGUAUCCCAGUCUCACUUUGGGCGUUGAUAUCAUCUGGGAACAAUGAAGUGUAUCUUUAUGAAGACUCUUGGUCAUUUUUAUUUCCUUGUAGAUUUUUUUUUUUUUUUAUUGUACCUUGAGGCCCUCCUUGUCAUACUGCAGAAACACAUUCCUGAAAAGGAGGGACCUCCUGGGGCUAUUUGUUGUGAGCUGAAGGGGAAAUGGUGUCUGGAAGCUCUUAUCCAGUCUGAAAACACUGUCAUGAUUCUGAAUGUAUCUUUUUGGAGAAUCCAGAAGUUAAUGUUGCUGGACAUAAGAUUGUAUUCAUCUGUUAAUAUUUAGUGGCUGUAUAUCUGCUUUCUGGACCCCAUUUCCUCUUUCUGCACAAACACCUUUAACACAGACACCUUAAAUUUUUUGUUCUUUUAAAUUACAUUUUUUAUAUUUGAACAACAUUUGUAAUUUUUUUUUGCCAACUUUUCCACUUUUUGUCUUGCCAAGUAUCCCAAGAGAGGCAGUGUAUCAUUUAUAAUUGUAAUGAAUUAGUAAGAGGCAGAUUAAUCUGUUUUGCUAUAUCUGAAACUACUGUUGUGUUUGAUAGAGAGAGUCUGUGCAAGAUCUGUGCACCUUUUGAAUCAAAGAAUAGUGAAUUGUUUUCCACAUGUUUUUGCAUUGGCAAAAGCCAAAAUCGAUUUUUAAUCAUUUUCUUUUGGUAUAUUACCAAGGCUUAAUAUUGUUACUUUAGUUUAAUCAAUCGCCACAAGUUUUUACCAUCAAAUAUCUCCAAAGGAAACCCCAAAACACUCCCACAAGCUUAAAAAUCAUUAAGGACUUUUAAAUGUGUCUUUUAUGUUCUUAGUAGUUUUGUAUAGACAACACACAAUGUAGGCGUCUGUGUGCUGUGUAAAUGUGUGUGUAUGGAGGCUGCAGAUGGUAGUUUUUGAAGUGCUGUAUCUCAGCUGACUGCUUCAUGCACCGAUCGCACAAGCGUGGUGCAUGCUGCCGCAUGGCGCAUUCUGACAUGCUAUGCCUCAGCGCCUCUGACAGAGAUGCACUAAAUGCUCUGAUGAGUGCAGUAUUAGAGAUUGGCACUGAACGGGCCUCAAUGCCCCAGCUACGGUGGUUCCAAACCACUAAAGACCACUCUGAGAGUGGAAGCUGUUUUGUAAUCUGUUUUUUUAUGCGGAUUUGAAAAGUCAGUUUUUAAGUGUCUCUCUUGAUGGUUUUCGGGUUUCAGAGAGAAAUUCUUGAAGUCAAUGAAGAGCUGUUGUAACCCUAGGUUUGGAGAUGAAAGAAAGUGACCAUGUCAUUUAAAGUGUAGUUGCACUCUUAAAAUAUUUAAGGAUGUGUUAAAAUUAGAUUCCCAAAGUAUGACCUGCAUCUUCAGGUGUUUUAAGCACACUUAUGUCAUGAAAUGCGGACUAUAUUGUUUGAAUUAUUGAUUAUGGCUGAAGAAAGGCUGUGAUUGGACAAGAUCAUCCCAAUCCAAAAGCAUGUUAUUUGUGGGUUUUAAAUGUUUACAUUUUCUUUUUUCAUUUCUAACCUCUUCAUUUAAAAUGACCCAUCCAUGCCAUUCCAAAUCUGUAAGGCUUUCUUUAUCUCAUGAAACACAAAAGAAGAUAUUUUGAAGAAUGUUCGUAACCAAACCAAUUUGGUGACCAUUGACUUCUAUUGUAUGGACUUAAAAAAAAAAAAGAAAAGAAAAGAAAAAGAUAUUGCUAAAAUACAUAAUACAAUUUCACAAAUUGUUAUAAUUCUAAAAUCAUAAAAUAAUCACUAAAAACAGUUUUGGGUGAACCAUUGAUUUAAAAUAAAAAUUUUAAACCCUUUUACUUAAAACUUUAAUGAAAAAAAUACACUGCACUGGGCCAGGGGACAAAAGACUUUUACCUCUCAGCCACGUGGUACGAUCCUAAGAGACUGCACCAAGUCUUAAUCAUAGUACGAUAGGAUGAGAAUGAGAUAUUUGCACAGAAAUCUGAACUGGAUUGUUCAGCACUGCCUUAUAGAGUGGAAGCUCGUGCCUGGGAGUCUUACACAGCCAGUCUGCGACAGAGAAGUGAAAGAAAUCGUGGGAAGGGGAGGGCAUGGAAUGCCUGGAUGAUCCAGUAUGCAUGCAUGCAUGCAUGCGUGCUGGUGUGCUCCGCUACUUUUCCUCAGAGUUUGAGCCUCUUUUUUUCAUUUCCAUUUUUGGACACACACGUGCUAAUGCUUGUGCAUUCAUGUGAGGAGGCUGACAGGAAAGCGAGAGCGUGUGCCAGAGGCAUGCUUUUUAUGUGUGUGCAUUUGUUUAUGUGUACGUGUUCAAAUGUAAGUCUGGUUUUUGUGUGCCAAAUGCACGUCUGAGAGAGGGUGCGUGGGUGGUGUUGGUGGAUGACUGUGGAAUAUGUGCAUUGUGUGUGUGUGUGUGUGUGUGUGUGUGUGUGUGUGUGUUGAUGGGUGGGUAGGUGGGUGGUUGGUAUGUGCGUAUGCAGAGAUCAGAGAGCUCUGUUUGUUUUUGUCUGACUCAGAGAGGGAGACAUACAGUGCAGACGCAAGCAGAGAGGGGAGGGAAUGUAUUGGUGAGGAGAUGGAUGCUCUCACACACACACACUUAAACACACAACUGGUGCAGUGAGCCAUUUCCCAAAUGGAGGCAUCAAACGGUAUGCUUUGACUAAACAAACAGCUCACAUUGAAUCUCAUCAGAUUUGCCUUCUUUGGAUUUGUUUCUUCAUUGAAGUUAACAUGAAAUCAAAAUUGAUCCUAUUUUCUGUCUUAUUACACAUUUCUUGGGGUUUGUGUUAGGGGAGGGCAAUAUGACCAAAAUCUUAUAUCACAAUAUGAGUAAUUUUAUUUCAUAUACAUCAUAAUAUUUUGCUUUAAAUAAAGCGUUUAUGAUAUCAACAUAAUUAUUACAUAAUUAUGGUCACCAGUGUCAAUAUCACAAAAACCUAAUACUAGCCUAAAUAAUAAUAAUACAAUUUUUUUAUAUAUAUAUUUCUUAAAGUUACAAAAUGAAUGACAAGCAGGAGGAAUAUUAGACUGCUGUCACUUUAAGAGCUACCCGGAUCCAAUAUAUUGUUACACAUGCGUUACUGUUUACGAGGAUACUUGCAUAGAUGGGCAUUUUGACACACAGAAGUGUGUGUAUUAAACCGUUCAAGGCCUAUACAGUGGCAAAAAUAUUCCCGCGCUCUAUGAGCAGUGUCUUCACGUGUGUGUGCCUCUGACAGCACUCAAAAACAGCACGCGCAUAUAGCAAAAUGAGUUCUCUUUCACUGCUGCUUGCAUUUCGAUGGCUUAAAAUCACUUGCUUAAAAACAUGUGCAAACGAUAUGUUUUCAUGACCACAUAGCACUGCAAUAUCCCGUGAGCAUGUAAAAUUCUGUCAAAUUCUAAAACAUUGUAUAAUUAAAAUGUAUUGCGAAUGUCAUUUUAUAUUGUCUUUAAGGCCAUAUUUGGGUUACUUGUUAAAUGUAAAGUGAACACUGCACCAUGUGAACACCGUUAUACUAGUGUGUGUGUGUGUGUGUGUGUUUAGCAUUCCAUUGUCCAAAAAACAGAUGAAUGUGAUUGAUGGUGACUGCAUAAAUAUGGCUUUGUGGUGAACUGUUCCUCAUUGCACCUUUUGAAAUGCAACGAAAAAGAAAGAUAACAGCGGUCAACAUUUCUUCAUCCCUGAUAGAAUGUACAUGGAGCUGGAUCCUCUGAUGUACAGCUUGAUAAGAAUGGGGUUUUUUUUGUUGUUGUUGUACUAUCGUGUUGGACACCCAGGGAGGGACUAGGAGGUUUUUUAGGAAGCAGGGCUGGAUUUGUGAUGUUUUCAACCCGUGAAUCACUUCUUAAUAUGUUCUGCUCAUUGGCGAGAUUGGGUACACAAUGUGCGCUGAACUCGAUGAACUUUAGUGGAAUUACCCCGUGUAGAAUUUCAACCCCUGACCCGCACUGUGGGUUCAUGGUCUUUAGUGCAAAAUCCUUUCAUUUAGCAAUUAAUCUUCCAGUAUUAUUAGUAUGUUAUACUAAAGAAUCAUCUACGUCAAACAGAACAAAUGAGGUUAUGCUUCGGACGCUUUGAGACAUAAAAUGAAACUUAAGAAAGAAAAAAAAAAAGAAAAAAAGAGGAAUAAAAUGCAUGACAAACCAUACCUUUGUUUUUAUUACCUAUGGUUUUUUGUUCAAAUCUAGAAUAGUGCUUGGCCAUUGAGAUGCUACUAAUUUUUAACAUAGACUGUAGAGUUGCCAAGUACUUUGUAAAGGAACAUCAUGAAAUUUACAGUAGCUAGGGGCAAGAGAAGCGCUAUACGUUUUUGCUUUGCAUAUGACUGAAGUGCUGGGAAGGGAUGAGGGCCGCUGAAACUAGCUAAGAGGGUAUGUACUGUAUUAAAAUGUCAUUUUUAAAGGGUGGAUGAGUUUGAAGCAGCAUAGAUGUAGGGAGCUGCGGUCUAUAUGUACUGCAAGCUGUAUUAUUACUUCUGUCUUAAAGAAAUAUCAUUUUUGUUACUGAAUUAGUUUACUUGUGCAGAUGGCUUUUGAUGUUGAGUGGCACAUGGAUGAGUGCCACCUGGUGUCGGACUUGAUAAAUGCUGCAGGUAGAAAAGGAAACUGCCAUGCAGUUACUUCUCUUGACCAUUAAGGGACAGCAAAGAUUUAGAAAACUCUUGUAAUUUGACAUGGUCUUUAAUUUAAUAACCCCUUGCCAACUGUGUUUAAAAUGUGUUUGAACUGCCAAAUAUAAGGGAAUGUUAUUGCGUUUAUUCAGAACUAGAAUAAAUUGUCUCUACUGGUGUUUACCAAUGGGACAAUCAAAACAUUUGAUAUUUAAUAUGACACUUUAUUAACAAACAACCAAAAUGGGGAUUUGUGAAUAGCUAUUAGGAUUUAACAUAUUUACAAAAUUGUUACCCUCUACUCAUGAUUUUUUUUUUUUCGGUUCCAUUGUCUACACUGAUUUGUUGAGAAAAAUCUGUAGGACUCUGCAAAAUGAAUUUGUAAAAUGGAUUGUAAAAUGUGUUAAAUGGAGCUGAGAGUGCUGUACUCUUUAUCAAUUGCUGUGGAUGUUAUUAAUUUAAGUUGUGUGUAUUUUGCAAGAGAGAGGGAGCACCGUUUGGUGAGUGUUCAUAGUUUGACUGUGAACUCGUACCUUUAUCAGGAGUCUUCAACCAUGUUGUUUUUUUGCUUUUUUUGACUACAAAAUAAAAAGCUAACCUUGUUCUGCUAAAAAUUUUCAGUGUCCCCCCCCCCCAAAUGAAAUUAUAAAAAUUGAAUGAUCUCUUUAUUUUUAAUGCAAGUAUUAAUGGCUGUUUCUUAUUUUAAUGGUUUUGCAAGCAUCAUAUGUAAAUACAUGAAUAUGGUACUAUUCACAUGUUGUUGGCCAGGCUUGAAAUGCUUCUCUCAAUUUUAUGCAAUAUGUUAAAGGAGAUUCAUUUUCUGUCUCUGUAAACAGCAAGGGGUGCUUGGCCUGAAAAUAAGUUGAAGACCCCUGUCUUAGCACCUUGAGCUCCCUCACUCUUUCGAUUGAGCACUGGGGACUAUUGUAUCUUUUUUUAUUAUAAUUUUUUAAAGUUAGAUUUCUUUAAUUCUGAGUCUUAGGGCUGGUUCACACAGAGCUCUUUUUUUGCAUUUAAUUGUGCUGCGUUUGAACUUUUUCCUAUGUAAACAUGCACUAGGCAGAUGUCUUUGACGCAUCUUGCUGCUUUUUCAGCAUCUUGUGCAUCCAAGCCACGUUCACAAAAAGAAGUUGUUUGACUAUUAAGGCCAGUUCAACUUUUAAGGCAAGACACCGCUAGUGAAUAAGGUAUACAUUUUAAUUACAUAUAUAAAUUGCACCGUUCUUCACCAGUUGAUUGUGUUGUGGAAUAUUGUUGUUAUCAAAGGAGGCAUUAUGUAAUUAAAUAUGCACAAAUUUCCAGGUUCAAAAUUUUUUAGAUUUUUGUUGACAUCUUAAAGAAACUGGUCUUCAAUAUAUGCACUGUAAUUUAAAUUUAGAUGCAAAUAGUCCCAGUAGUUUGAGAGAAAACCAAUUAUGUAAGCAAAAUUGACCAAACAAUGGUUUUGUCUGUAGUGUCUUACCUCGAUGCUCUACAUUCUUUUUUCAUUUCUCAGCACAAAAUUUUUAUGCGCAAGAAUGUGUUCUGUGUGAACAAAUUAUGCUAGAAAUAUCUAAGCUCACUCCACCUCACAGUUCUAGGGAGACAGAAGAGGCGCAAACACAAUGACAGAUGCAGUCAAAAAGCCUCGGAUGAAGACAUACCUCUCCUAAACUGAUAUCUUGUACAUUUUGUCCUUUAACAGGCUGAUAGACAUCUUAUUUAAAUCUUAUUUCACCUUUCCAGCGUUCUCUCCUCCAGUAUAAACACACUCCUCUCUCUCUCUCUCUCUGCUGCGGCCCGCCACUCCAUGUACUUCACCUUUCUGUGCGCUUCUGCGCUGCCGGCAACCUCAAAGACUUCUUACAGAUUUCAAAACAUAUAUUGCUCUUUGUAUAUCCCUGCCCACCAGAGACCAAUGUAUGUGCGCACACACAAGCAGGUGUGUAGAUCUACCUCCUGACACCUUCAGCCAUACCUCCCUGGCCCCUGUGCCCUGAUGCAGGUCAUGUGAUGCAGGAGACUCCUCGAGGUGCUGCUCUUCAGAAUUGUUUGAACGGUGUUAUGGGAAACAGAUGUAAAUGGGGGCAACUUUGAAUAUGGAAUGUUGUAGAUUCAUACCUCACCAGGGGCCGGGGAGCUCCAUCAGCAUGGCUCUGGAGAGCAUGUCUCUGGUGUGGCCGCAGGGAUCCUGCAGCUAUUUUUUUUCCAGUAUAGAUAUAUGAAUAUACAUAUAUAAAUACAAAUCUCUCUCUCUCUAUAUAUAUAUAUAUAUAUAUUGUACAUUGUACAUAGAAACACUAAUGAAGUUUGAUUGUUAGUUGUGCACUCACAGCAUGAGAUUAUUAUUCCCCAGAAACCGCUUUUUGGAAACAAAUGCAGUAGCGUCUACUGAUGUCAAAACCCCUCUGUACCCUCCAACCCCACCCCAUGUACAUGCCAGUGUUUCCUCUGUGUUCCAAGUGCCAAUAACUUUGUGAAUUCCUCUACUGUGACCCAACGAGAAAGAAAAUUGCACAUUAACUACUGUAAAAAAAAUAAAUAAACAAACAUGGAGAAAUUAUGAAAAUACAUCUUAAUAAAACGCUUUGUAACAAAGAAAAUCAUUGUGGUUCACAUUUGUUUUAAAAGAAUUAAACACCCCAAAAUUUGCUGAAAAUUUACUCACCUU